AAUAAACUGCAGGGGAGGAUACAAUCUCUGUUUUCCCUGGGGUCCUCGUGCCCCCCCCCAUCUUGGUUCUCAAGCUUUCUUGCAAGCAAGCCUCUCAUCUCUUCCCCAGUUCCUGUUGUUUUCGCACAACUCGCUUCCUGCCAAGAGCACACCCACAGUCCACAGAGUGGAGGGAGGGAAAUGCCUCCCUCCUCAAGACCUCCAGAGGGGGCUAGCGAGCCCUUUUUUCUGCUAGGCUUUUAUAGCCCUCCAUCAUUUUGGGAGGUGGCAAAGGCAAAGGCAGGACAGGAGGAGGGCAGCUGUAAAGCACAACCUGUGCCCAUCUCAGGCUUUGGCCCAGAAGUCCUGCCUGGUGCCCACUACGCCUGCCCUCUCCAAAGCAGCAGAUCCUUCCCUCCUGGGGAUGGGGGAGGGGGGGUGGCACUCCAGCUCUCUGGGUUGGAAAUGCCAAGGUCAGCGUCUGGGUGGAUGGUGGGGGUGAGGCCUUAAUCUGUCAGGGGAAGGAGACACAGAGACGGAGUCGUCCCUGAGCAUGUACCCGAUGCUGAGAGUGCGACCGACUCACCCAGUGGAAGGGGCGAAGCUGGUGAAAGUGGACCGGGAGGCGGCUCAGCUCGCGCUCGGGGCGGCGCCGGCCCAGUAUCCCGCCUGCCAGGUGCAACUCGAGGCAGCCCUGGCUCCGCCCGACGGGAGGGGCCUGGCCGCCGCCCAAGAGGCUGGCCCGCAGGGUCGCUGGGCCGCGACGUGGUGGGGCGGGCGCCGGCUUCGCUUCUCCAAACGUUUCCUUGUUCUUCCGCUCGGUUUGCCGCGACCGGCUCUUCGCUCCGCCGUCGGGUCCAUGAGGCGCGGCGCGGUGUUGGCGGCCUUCGCGCUGGCCUACGCGGGGUAUCUGCUGCUCGGAGCGCUGAUCAUCUCAGCCGUCGAGCGACCCUACGAGAGCCAGCUGAGGGCCGAGCUGCGGGACCUUAAGAGCGACUUCCUGCGCCACAGCCCCUGCCUGUCCGAGGCCACGCUGGAGCGUUUCCUGGGCGCCGUCCUGAGCGCCAACCGCCACUCCGCAGCCCUCCUGCGCAAUGGCUCGGCUGCCGCGUCCAACUGGGACUUCGCCUCUGCCUUCUUCUUCGCCAGCACCUUGAUCACCACUGUGGGCUACGGUUAUACUACACCCCUCUCGGACGCAGGCAAAGCCUUCUGCAUCUUCUAUGCGGUGCUGGGCGUCCCCUUCACCAUGCUGGUGCUGACAGCCGCCGUGCAGCGCCUUGUGGGCACCUUCACCUCUGGGCCUCUGGAAUACCUGGCCCUGCGUUGGGGCUCCAACCAACGGGUCCUGUCGUGUGGGCACCUGCUGGCACUGAUGGGCCUGGUGUUGGCCACCUUCUUCUUAGUGCCUGCUGCCAUCUUCAGUUCGCUAGAAGAGUCCUGGAGCUUCCUGGAUGCUUUCUACUUCUGCUUCAUCUCCCUCUGCACCAUUGGCCUGGGAGAUUACGUCCCUGGGGAACAGCCCGGGCAACGCCUUCGCCCCCUCUACAAGAUCUCUGUCACAGUUUACCUGCUUCUGGGGCUCAUGGCCAUGCUGCUGAUACUCCAGACCUUCCACAAGCUGGCAGACCUGCACGGCCUCUCUGACCUGGUCUUCUUGUCCCCGGACCAGCCUCCUGAGGAGCACCAGAGCAUCCUAGAGGAGCGCAGCCCUCCCUCUGAGCCUGGGCAGAGGGGGACGUUGCCUGCGCACCCCCGGCCAGGGGGACAGGCACAGUAUUCCUCCAUUAACAGAUAGCAAGGAGUAGGACGGUGACCGUCAGGGCUCAGCCACAAGGAAGACUCACUGCUCUCCUCUUUACCGAGCUUCUCUGCCCCCGACCUGGGAAAUGAGGCUGCUGGACAGUCCGUUGUGAGCAGAGGGCUGGGAAUGCCAGCUGCUCUCUCAGACCAGAAGAGAUUCUUCUGGCUCUUGCCUUUGGGUGAGCUCGCGGUGGGGAUUUUAUUUAAAAAGCACAGAUAAAAGGCUGGAACUUCCAGGCACUUCACUCUGCCCGGUGACACGUACUUUUGUAACUGUAGAUAGUACAUCAUGGCCCAGGUAUCCUUCCUUCUUUCCUUCCAGCUGUAGCUUGAGCUAAGUUUUGCAAGUGAGGAGCUGCUGAGGCGGAAGUCCUGCUG